AUGUUUGUCGGUCGUUGGGUUUAUAAUAAGGGGCAAACUGUUGGUUGCCUUAGUCAUUUAGCGCCGCGACAGAAGCGUGACGACAACGAGGCUGACGCUGUAGCAAAUACUUUGUAUGGCUGCGUACUCUUCCUCAAGGACGAUGUCGUAAACUGUUUUGGUGGUGGAGGUGGUGAAAUUGUUUCUGUGGCUACUGAGGGAGAUCUUAUGAAUACCGUUUUGCAGUGGGCGCGUGGAGGGCGGGGUCUCUGUGGCGAAGUUCCAGAAGUUCCUGCACCUAGGGCCUCUUUGCCCUUUUAUUCUACGUCCUCUGGUCCGUGGUUCGUAAUAGAACGGUGCGUGGGGGAUCCGUGUAGCUUUGGUGUCAUUGCGGGAUUUGUUUGUCGCCGCGUCCACAACGGAGAUGAUGUUGAUGGUGUUGGCGGUUGUAACCCAGAUCAGGAGAGUUGUGGGAAUGGUUUUUUAUGGGAGUGGGGGGAGCUGAUCAACUGCACCACCAUCUCACAGCUUUCGCUCUAUUUGGACUCACUGCCACUCAAGAGCGUGAAGGAGACAUAG